AUGCGUAAAGUCUGCUACCUUUACAACGAGGACAUCACCAAGUACGAGUUCAGCAAGGAGCACCCCAUGAAGACCAAACGCAUGAAGAUGGUCCACAGCCUCAUCAACAACUACGGCCUCUCCACCCAGCUACGCAUGUUCCACAGCAAGGAAGCCACCUCAGAGGAACUCUGCGCCUUCCACCACCCCCUCUACAUCAAGUACCUCGAGUCCUGGGUCUCGCCCAAGGCAGAACAGAUCGUCGAACAGUAUUCCACCUCCGAGACCGAGAGGAUCAAGAUGAGGGAGGACACCAAACUCAAUCCCAUCUUCAAGAUCAACCAGACCGUGGAUUGCCCCGGCUUCGAGGGACUCUACGAUUUCUGCCGCCUCGCAGCCGGAGGCAGCAUCGACGCAGCCGACCUCAUCAUCGCGGGAGAGGGCGACAUCGUGAUAAACUGGUCUGGGGGCUACCACCACGGGAAGAAGUCGGAGGCGAGUGGGUUCUGCUACAUCAACGACAUCGUGCUGUGCAUCCUGUAGCUGCUGAAGGCCUACCCGCGCGUGCUCUACCUCGACAUCGACGUGCACCACGGCGACGGCGUCGAGGAGGCCUUCUUCCACACCAACCGCGUCUUCACCGUCAGCUUCCACGAGUUCGAGGAGGACUUCUUCCCGGGGACGGGCGCGCUCGACGAGGUGGGCGAGGGCGUCGGCAAGUUCUACACUGCCAACAUCCCCCUCAAGAAGGGCAUGGACGACGCCUCCUUCCUGGAGCUCUUCAAGAAGAUCAUGAGCAGGAUCUGCUCCUUCUACGUGCCCGACGUCAUGGUCAUCCAGUGCGGCGCAGACUCGCUCUCCAGGGACAAGCUGGGCCACCUCAACCUCUCCAUCAAGGGCCACGGCGAGCUGCUCACCUUCAUGAAGAGCUUCGGCACGCCCAUGGUGCUGCUGGGAGGAGGCGGCUACACCAUCGAGAACGUGGCGCGCUGCUGGACCUACGAGACGGGACUGAUGCUGGGGCAGGAGAUCGACAACGAGAUCCCCCGCUCAGACUACUACUACAACUUCUACGGGAAGGACUCCAACAAGAUCCACUUCGACGUGGAGCCCAUGGUCAACAACAACGACCGCCAGCGGUGGGGAAAUGGAGACAAGUUUAUAAAAUUGCGCCCUGUUGUUGAAGGGAAGUGCUCUGUUGGGGAGGCAGGUGGUUGGUUAUAUUGUAGAUUAUACAAAAUGAAUCAGGGCCAGGACUUGGAGAUCAAGGCCAUGCUCAAGUGUCUCGAGAACAUCCUCAACCGGGAGGAGGACGAGAAGGAGAAGGAAAAGGUUUCUGGAGUCAUGCGGCGCCUGGAGCGUACGCGCGACCGCCGGUAG